AUGGUUUUUGAUAUGAAUUCGUUGGUGGAGUCGGACUGGGCAUGGCUUCCUAAGAACUUAUUGGAUGUGAUUAUGGACAAGUUAAAUUCACAAUCGGACUGUGUUCGCUUUGGUGCAGUCUGCAAACCAUGGCGGUUUGUGGCAAUGGAGAACAAAGUUAAAUAUGUUAAAAAUAAAUGUUACACACAAGUUCCAUUGUUGAUGGUCCCUACAAAAGAUAAUAGCGAAGAAAGGCGCAGUCUAUACAACAUCACCCACAACAAAAUAUAUGAUUUUCAAUUACGGGUACCUUACAAAAAGAGGUGUUGUGGUUCUUCGUAUGGUUGGUUGUUCACUGUUGAAGAAAACAUGGGUGUAACUCUAUUAAACCCCUUCUCUGGUUCUACCAUUGGGCUUCCUCCCAUUAAGGACCCCCCAAAAGAAGAAGAAGAAGACGAAGACGAUAUAGCUAUCUCUAAUGAACCUCCUCGUUUUGAGUACCUAGUUUCCAAGGCUAUAUUGUCGGCUGAUCCGACAUUGUCUCCCGAUGACUACAUAGUUACAGCAUCUAUGAUGAUCGCCGCCGUUUGGCAUUCUUUCAAUCUGGUGACAAAGCUUGGACUUAUCUAG